UUUGCUGGCUACCGCAUUAGCCGCUGUCCCGUUCUGUCAUGUCACUUAAAACCCAUCCCUGAAAAAAUAGGGCGGCUAGCGAUUUCAGUUCUUCACAUAUCCACCUUUAGGAAGGGUCAGAGGCUAGAAAUCUGGGCGAAGAGCAGUAAAGUGAGAUGAAAUGACAACGUCAACAUUACAGAAAGCGAUUGAUCUCGUCACUAAAGCCACAGAGGAGGACAAGGCAAAGAAUUAUGAAGAGGCUCUACGCCUGUACCAACAUGCUGUGGAAUAUUUCCUUCAUGCCAUUAAAUAUGAGGCCCACAGCGACAAGGCAAAGGAGAGUAUACGAGCAAAGUGCAUGCAGUACUUGGACAGAGCAGAGAAACUUAAGGACUAUCUGAAGAACAAAGACAAACAGGGCAAGAAACCUGUUAAGGAGGCACAGAGUAAUGACAAGAGUGACAGCGACAGCGAGGGUGAAAACCCGGAGAAAAAGAAACUGCAGGAGCAGCUCAUGGGUGCUAUUGUUAUGGAAAAACCCAACGUUAGGUGGAAUGAUGUUGCUGGUCUGGAGGGAGCUAAAGAAGCUUUGAAGGAAGCGGUCAUCCUGCCCAUUAAAUUUCCUCACCUCUUCACAGGUAAGCGGACUCCGUGGAGAGGCAUCCUGCUGUUCGGUCCUCCAGGGACGGGGAAGUCGUACCUGGCCAAGGCUGUAGCCACCGAAGCCAACAACUCCACCUUCUUCUCCGUCUCCUCCUCAGAUCUCAUGUCCAAGUGGCUGGGAGAGAGCGAGAAGCUGGUGAAAAACCUGUUUGACUUGGCUCGCCAACACAAACCCUCCAUCAUCUUCAUCGAUGAGGUGGACUCGCUGUGCGGCUCCAGGAACGAGAAUGAAAGCGAGGCGGCCCGUCGCAUCAAGACCGAGUUCCUGGUCCAGAUGCAGGGUGUGGGUAACAACAAUGAUGGUGUGUUGGUGCUUGGGGCCACCAACAUCCCCUGGGUUCUUGAUGCCGCCAUCCGGAGACGAUUUGAGAAGCGGAUCUACAUCCCUCUGCCAGAGGAGCCGGCUCGGGGUCAGAUGUUUCGGCUUCAUCUGGGCAACACGCCACACAGCCUGAGCGAGGCCGACCUGCGGGAGCUCGCUCACAAAACUGACGGCUACUCCGGCGCCGACAUCAGCAUCAUCGUCCGGGACGCUCUCAUGCAGCCGGUUCGAAAGGUUCAGUCUGCCACACACUUUAAAAAGGUUCGUGGUCCAUCCCGGAGCAACAACCAGGUGAUGGUGGACGACUUAUUGACCCCAUGUUCCCCCGGCGACCCUGCAGCCAUAGAGAUGACCUGGAUGGACGUGCCUAGUGAUAAGCUACUGGAGCCCAUAGUCUGCAUGGCGGACAUGCUGCGCUCUCUGUCCACCACCCGUCCCACAGUCAACACUGAAGACCUCCUUAAGGUUAAGAAGUUCACAGAGGACUUUGGGAUGGAGGGUUAAGAUGGAACUGGUCUUCCUUCAUCCACCAGACUGCUCCCAGUAACAACACCCCCUCUUCCUCACCUUUUCACCGCUGUGUAGGCUUGUCUCUUGGUUUUCUGCCUCUCGUGGAUGUAAAUAAAAGACUGGUCUGACAUGUCCUGCUUCUGGCCUCUGCUCAGCCAGGCCAGGAUUUUAAAUCCCAGGAGGACGUUGACCGAAUGCCACGUUAGAAAAAGCUCAGUGUGAUUUGCUAGUUGGACUGUAGGUUCCACAUCUUUACGCCCUCAUUUCAGACAACAGGUCCGUUACCAGAACAUUCACUACAUGAACUCAACUGACUGAAGGACUGAAGGACUACAUGCUGCUGCCGUCGGGCACGUUGCUUUGGCUCAACGAAGGACUGAGGGUUGAAGAAGUUGGUUUGUGCCUGGCGCCUUGUUAUUGUUUGUGUGAAAGUUAAAAGCUGCUUAUUUUCUUCUUUAAUGCAGCGUCUGGAUCAGCCGCAAAGAAUCCAUCACGUGUUUGACUGAGAGUCCCUUCCAGUCUGGCCCGGUCCGGUCUAGUCUGGUCCAGUCUGGUCUAGUCCGGUCCAAUGUGGGCCAGUCUAGUCCGGUCCGGUCUGGUUUAGUCCAGUCCGGUCCGGUCCGGUCCGGUUUAGUCUAGCCCGGUCCGGUUUAGUCUAGUCGGGUCCAGUCUGGGCUAGUCUAGUCUAGCCCGGUCCGGUCUAGUCCCUUUCUGUCUUUCUUUGUGUUCUGACAGGAAAUUGAAUCUUUGCACAUUUAACAAGCCAAGUGGCCGAAUCUUUGUUAAAUGUUCAUCAGUAUCUUCUGGAACAUGUGGAGGUUAAUCUGGAGAUCAAUAAUGAAAAGUAUUAAGUAAUCUUUUCCAGACUAAAUUGAUUUUUUUCUGGAGCUUUAAAUCAAUAGUUGGUGACAGUUUUUGUAUAACGUCUCAGUGUGAAGCUGUUUUUGCUGAGUCUGCACAUUUUCUCUGUAUUUUUAUUCAGUUUGAGAAAAGUGAGUAAUUCUUUCAGAUCUUGGGAUGUCCCUCAGCCUAAAGCUCAGCUAAGUGUGGAUAAUUUGCUCCAGAUGACGGCGGAUAAAUCUGGAUAAACCAACGUCUGACAUUAGUGGCUGAAGUUUCCUGUUCUGCUGGUCCUGCAGAGGAGAAUCAGUCAAGCACAUCUCGUACAGUAUUACAGCAUUUCUACCUUGUUAGUCACCUUUACAUGGAACUAAUGUUUACACUGGAAGUAUUACCCUGUUGUUGGAGCACCAGGUCGAGGCUGAUCCAGCAACUUCCCCUCGGAGGCCGACGCUCCGGUCCGUUGCUUCGCCCUGUUCCCAGCCAGCACAGCUGACGGAGAGCUGGACUUACUGGAUGGUUGCUGAUCCGGAUUAUUAAAAGCUUGUGUGGCCGACUCUGUGAUGGGACCUCAGUAGAGCAGCUGUGUGUUUGUGGAGGUACAGCUGGUAGAGCGGGGACCUCACCAUGUAACCAUUACUACUAAUUUAACCUGGAUGAAUAAAAAGUGACAUUUCAAAUGAAAAACCA